AUGAAUCAAGAGAAUAUAGUUACACCUACUAUUCCACGAUUAAAAACUUUUAAAUGGACAGCAUUAAAUGAAUCUGUAGAUGAGAAAGACAAUAAUAAUAAUAAUAAUAAUAAUACCAAUAAUAUUAUUGGUAAUAAACCUUUAUGGAAUAAACAUUUAUCCUCCCAAUCAUUGGACAUUUUCAAUGAUUCAUUGAAACAAAAAAUUUACCUGGCGUUCAAUGUUCAAUUGUAG